AUGAAAGUGAAGGGCGAGUACAUUUCUCUGUUCUCCGCUAGAGGAAGCGGUCUAUUCACCCUCUUUAGGAGCAACUACAAACAUUGGAAAGCAAAAUUUUUCAAACUAAGAGAAUCUGAAAAAAGUAAAGAUAUUUUCUACUUUGAUGAUGGUACCCCCCGAUUCCCUUUUUAUUGGACUGAUAAGCCCGAACUCAUAUACAAAGUUCCUGAAUCCUCUCUAACAAUUGAUGAAAAAUUUGAAGUUGACUUUCUGUCAACGAUUCAUUUAAACCACUAUGAUUUUUAUGAAGCGUUCCGAGAAAGAAAUUUAGCAAAAUUUGUUGCCAAGAUGUCACGCCUUUCUGAAGAUGACAUUCUCCGCUUCCGCCGUGAACAUCAAGCGUUGAAAAACAAACCCUCUCCUGCCAAGACUCUGAUUGAACCCGAAGGAAGCCACUCCAAAACCGACAAGAAUCCCGCACAAAAAAGAAGAAAGAAGAACCAAAAUUCUGAGAAGCCCCAAGAGAAAACUGUCGUUCAAUCUUCCAUGGAGAAGUUUGUGGUGAAGGGCGUGAACCAGUAUGGAUCCUCCAAUGCUCCGCCCCCUUCCCAGAAGUAUGAAUUGAAGGAAUUUGAGGACAUGACUUCCGAGGAAGUCACAUCUCUAUGGGAUUCCAGAAUCAACUUUAACACUUUGGUGGAAACAAACCUCGUGUUCGAAGCAGAUAUAGAGAAAAUAAGGAAAAUUGGGCUACCAGAAGCGUGUCAAGCUGUCAUGACCAAAAGUUUGGAAAUUGCUGCAAUUUCCAAGAUGAUAGAGAUUGAGUCCAACAACUUUGAUGUACUUUCCAGCGCUGAGAAGCUUGAAGACAAAGAAAAAGAGAAUGCAAAAUUGAAAUCCACUAUGAAGCUGUUGGAAAAAUAUAACAAAGCCAACGAGAAGAAAGCCGCGGACUUGGCUUUGGAGCUUGAAAAAUUGAGAAAGACCUUGGAAGAAAAUCAAGCCUUAAUGAAGGCAAAGGAAGAAGAAACCCAGAAGAUGAAGGAAGAGGCGAACCUCUUCGCCUCUGAAAACAAAGAUUUGAAGAAGUCUGUUGCCGACCUUUCCGCUGAUACCGCCUCCUUUAAGACCUUCAUCCUGUCCUAA